GGCCCCGGUCCCGUGUGGAGGCGGACCCGCGCCCUUCUCGGCUCCUUUCACUUUCGUUUCCGUUUCCGCGGCUUUCCCGGGCGGGGCUCCCGGCGGUGAUGGCGCUGGCGAUCCAAGCCCUGCGGCUGCUGUGCUCCAGCGGCGGCUCCCUGGAGCAGGCUGAGCUGCAGCGGCGGCUGCCGGGCCGGCCCUCGGCCGAGCAAUUGGCGGCCGUGCUGCGGGACCCGCGGCGCUUCACGCUGGUGCGGCGGCCCGGCCAGGCGGCCCAGGCCCAGGCCGAGGUGGCCGUGGUGGUGGCCACCAGCCCCGUGCGGCUGUGCCCGGAGCACGGAGCGGGCUGCCCGGGCCGCUGCGGGCGGCUGCACCUCUGCAAGUACCACCUGAAGGGCUUCUGCCGCAACCAGCAGGCCAGGAAGGAAUGCAAGUUUGUUCACAACUUCCACUCAGACCACAAUCUCCAUGUUCUAAAGCAAUAUGGACUUGAGAAUUUAAAUGGUGAUGAACUUUGCCAGCUUCUGCUUCAAAAUGACCCUUCUCUCUUACCGGAGGUCUGCUUGCAUUAUAACAAAGGUGAUGGACUUCAUGGAUCUUGUACCUUUAAAACAUCCUGCACCAAACUGCAUAUUUGCCAGUAUUUUUUGUGGGGUCAGUGCAGAUUUGGCAGCGGUUGCAAACGGUCCCAUGACUUAUUAAAUCCAGAAUGUUUUGAGAAACUGGAGAGACAGGGAGUGAGCUCAGAAAAUAUUAAGAAACUACCUUCCAUUUAUAGAAACAUGUAUGACAUAAAAAAUGGCAACAGGAGCAUGUAUGAUGUAGAAGAUGCCAAGUCUUCACCAUGCAAAGACAGAAAACCCAGCUCUAGCCGGGAAUCCUCAACUGCAAACGAUGAUGAAUCAGAGCAGAUAUGUUUACAUCAUCUCUACAGAAGCUGUGGCUUUAAAGAAAAGUGUAUCAGAACUCAUUUUCACUUGCCAUAUAGAUGGCAGGUCUCUGAUGGCAAUACCUGGAAGGACUUAAAGAAUAUGGAACAAAUAGAAAAAGCAUAUUGUGACCCAAAAAAGAUGAGGUUUGAUUGUUUUACUGAAAGUGGCACUCCCGUGUCUGUCCAUUUUGAUGUCAUGUACUCUGACUUGGGAGCAGUCAGACGCCUUUCUACAGCCUCCUCUGUGACCAAACCCCCUCACUUCAUUCUUACAACAGAAUGGGUCUGGUACUGGAGAGAUGAAUAUGGCAUGUGGCAGGAGUACGGCAAACGAGAUUGUGUUCAUGAAGCUGCUACUGUCUCCAGUGAGGACCUGGAAAAAGCUUAUUUGGCCAAAAGUUCUCCAAAGCUGAACUUCAAAGCUGGAAGACAAGAAUAUGAACUAAAUUUUUACUCCAUGGUUCAGACAAAUGUUUGCUAUGGAACACAGAGAUGGAUUUCCAGAAGACCUAAAUUUGUCUCUCAGGCAGAUGUAGAAAAGACAAGAGCCAGGGGCAUUAAACAUACAGAUGAGUUAAAGGGCAUUCCAGCUCACUGGGACAAAUCUGCUCUGCCUGAACUGGGAUUCAAGCUGAUUGAGCUUGACUGUUCCUCUGAAGAAUACAAGAAAGUCACAGUGGACUUUAAACGCACCAUGCCCAAGGCAGCUAUUAAAAGGAUUUGUAGAAUUCAGAACCGGUCCCUCUGGGAGCUGUAUCAAUGGCAGAAGGACCUAAUGCAGAAGAGCAAUGGUGGAAAGGCUGCAGAUGAACGAUUUUUAUUCCAUGGGACCAGUAAAAAGGACAUUGAGGCCAUCUGUCAGCAAAACUUUGACUGGAGAAUCUGUGGCCUUCACGGAACAGUCUAUGGCAAAGGAAGUUAUUUUGCAAGGGAUGCAUCAUAUUCUGACAAGUACUGUGGGGCAGACUCACACACCAAGACCAUGUUUCUGGCACGAGUGCUGGUGGGGGAGUUCACUUGUGGCAGCUCUCAUUAUGUUCGGCCUCCAAUGAAGGACAGCCAAAACUUCUACGACAGUUGUGUGAAUGACUCUUUGAACCCUUCCAUCUUCGUCAUCUUUGAGAAGCAGCAGAUUUAUCCAGAGUAUCUUAUAGAAUACCAGGCACCAACAGGAUUUCUAUAGCAGCAGAACCUGUCAUCAUUAUAUUGAACCAGUUUAAACAUUUUUUAGCCUUGGCUUAAGAGAGAAAAAUUGAUUUUGGAGAAGCUGUGUGAUCAGGUAGAUGAGUGCUCAAAAACAUUCAUUCUCUGUCCUUUCUGCACAACAGAAAACAAGGCAUUAAAAGAUGUAGAGGAUACUUUAGAAUUCCUAAAAUCCUGUGCCUGCUUCCUAUUUUUAGCAGCUUUCACAUUUCCCUACAUUAUGAGAGCCUUUCAUAACUUCAUGAGAAAAAAAUUGCUGAUGGUUGUAGCAUGAGGAUUGGCCAUAACUGCCAAGUUUAAAUGCUUCAGGAUAGUGUUUCAGAUCAUUGGUCAGAGGCUCUGUCCCUCUACAUGUUUAUCUUUUUAACUCAAAACUGGAUAAAACACGUACUUUUAGUAAUCUGUCUCCUGUAACAGUAGACAUUCAGGUGUUUGCAAAUGUGUUUGUACAAUCUCUGUGCUCAACUCAGUGCAUAAAUUCUUAGCAGCACUCUUCUUUUUUGUCCCUACUUCAUCUGCACCAACAAAAUCUCAAAAAUUAAACUUGCUUGUUGAAAAAGAGCAGAGACUUACUUUCCCUUGUUAAUUUUCUCAUUUAAAACAAGUACCAAAGAGUUAAAGAUAACAAGGGUUGCUUGGUGCUGCGUGACUUGGUUGAUUUGCUCCAGCAGAUAAAAGCUGUGAGAACACAAGUUUUCCAUGACUUUCACCAUGCCUACAAAUGAAAAAGUGCUGGCAGGUGCUGUGGAGGAAGCAGAGCAGGCAACUCAUGCUGGUAUUUAAUACCAUACUUAGGAGUGAAAUACACUGCUUGUCCUGCUUGAUUGUCAGUCCCUUGUUUCUGUGGAUGAACGUUAUGGUUCCCUUACAGCUCUUGGGAAGGAUGACCAGCUCUCAUUAGGUGUACUGCCUUUUUGGUUGCAGGAGGUUCACAGGUUUCCUGCAUAAUCAAUCAAGGUUUCAGGAAAAAUAUCCUUACCUGGGAAGUGGUCUUCAGCCACAGAGCUGAAACUUUUAAAAUGUGAAGAUUAGGUUGAAUAUUUAAUUGUUCCCAGCAGAAGAAGAUAGUGUUGAAUAGUCAGCAGACGUGAGCAAUCAAAAAACUUGAGUUUUCAAWUUUUUUUUUAAGAUUAAAGUUGCUGAUGCAUACAUAGAUACUUUAUCAUAGAUUUAAUGUGCUAAAUUAGCUACAAGUUAGCUAUAGUGUACUGCAGAAGCCUUAAGACUUUCUAUAUGACCUAAAAAAACCUAAUUUCUAGCUGUAUUCUGGGACUACUUUUUAAUUCAUCUGCAUGAUUGACAGGUGUACACUGGGUAACUCCUUGUAACUUAAGCACUGUGAGCCAGGAGCUUGGCCCUGAUCAGCUGGAGUAAGGCUGUGCAGACUCCUUUUUAUGUGAACUGCAAAACUAGCAGCAUGAUAACUAAAGGAAAAUACUCCUAUUUGUGUUUAAUCUCAAUAAAACACAGGAUAGGGGAAGGCACAUUGACUGCAUUGUUUCUUUUGAAAGAUUUGUAAUAGAAUAUAAAUUAUAAAUCCCAUGUCAGCAAAUGAGUUUGUCAGCARAUAGUACAUUCAUUGAGGAGGAUAACAUUUAUGUAGGAAAGCUUUCCUACCUGUGCAGAAUAAGGUUUUUCUGCCAAAACAAAAAACCAUCAUCAUCUACAUUUUAAUGGCAAAUGGGAAUUCUGGUACUAUGCCUUUCUUCCUGCGAACAUAACCAGAAUUUCAGGUAAGAACURGAAUAGCUAAAGUCACGUUAAUUUUUUGCCAGAAAAUUGAAACAAAACAUUCCUUUUCAUGCAAAAAGUUGAGAUAUUUUUUACUGAUUUUUUUAUUGUAUUUUUAAAACCUUUAACUUGAUUCUUGGAGAGGAUGUAUAUAUGCUUGUGUGUGUAUGAGUGAAGUAAAACAGCAAAUAAAAUGCCUGGUUAUAGUACUCUGUCAUGUGUUAUUUCUCCAUUMUCACAGCAAAAGAAAAAUUGCCAUGUUUUCUACUUUGGAAACUGCAGGGGUAGCUUUCUUGCGUGUAGYAAAUAAACAGGUAUU